UAUAUAAAUUCGGGUCGAAGUAGACAUUGUUUCCCUCCACGUUCUUUUUCCCUCCUCAGGGGCCAAUAGCACCAAGGCUCUGCGUUCUCUCUGAGACUCCGACUUUCCGUCUGUCGGAAAAUCCCUAGAAGAAGAAAGAAGAAGUCGUCUUCGAGGAUGGAGAAAGUAGCCGGUUCAAAGGAAACAGGGGAAGCCCCAACUUUGCCUCCACCUCCGGCCAUACCACCUUGCGUGAAACCUGAACUUGCUUCUCCAAAGUAUUCCAUUGUCAGUAGAAGUGGGAUUGGGACUGCUGGGCGAUGCAUUCCUUUGCUGGCAAACCACUUCAAAGUUUCUGUUAAUGCUCCGGAUGCAGUGUUUUAUCAGUACAGUAUUUCUAUUACUUCUGAAGAUAAGAGGGAUGUUGAUGGAAAGGGAAUCAGGAGAAAGCUUAUUGAAAGGCUUUACCAGACUUACUCUUCUGAACUUCAUAAUAAACAGUUUGCAUUUGAUGGAGAAAAGAGUCUGUACACUGUGGGUCCUCUGCCACAAAACAAGCUAGUGUUCACAGUAGUUCUGGAGGAGUCAUUUGCAAAACGGGAAACUAGGAGUUCUGGUGGCUCUGGGAGCCCCAGUGGGAAACGUUCUAAACGUUCUUUUCAAUCUAAAACUUUCCAGGUAGAAAUCAGCUAUGCUACCAAAAUACCUUUGAGGUUGAUUGGACUCACCCUUAAAGCAGCCGAUGUAGAUAAUGAUGCUCAAGAUGCAUUCAGGGUUCUUGAUAUCAUUCUGAGGCAGCAAGCAGCUAGCAGGGGAUGUCUUUUGGUAAGACAAUCAUUCUUUCAUGAUGACUCUAACAACUUAGUUGAUGUCGGUGGGGGUGUGUGUGGUUUGAGGGGCUUCCACUCUAGCUUCCGCCCAACUCAGGCCGGCUUGUCACUGAAUAUGGAUGUAUCGACAACCAUGAUCCUAAAACCUGGACCUGUGAUUGAUUUUAUUCUAGCUAACCAGAAUGUGCGGGAACCUCGCUAUGUUGACUGGGUAAAGGCUAGGAAAAUGUUGAAAAAUAUGAGGGUUAAAUCAACACACCGUAACAUGGAAUAUAAAAUCAUAGGCAUGAGUGACAAGCCCUGCAAUCACCAAUAUUUUUCUAUGAAGGUGAAAAAUAAUGAUGGUUCAAAUGGUGAGCAGACUAUGGAGAUAACAGUAUAUGAUUACUUUGCCAAACAUUGUGGCAUUGAACUCACAUAUUCUCAGUUUCUGCCAUGCCUUGAUGUUGGCAAACCUAAAAAGCCCAACUAUCUGCCACUGGAGCUUGCUUCACUUGUUUCACUGCAACGCUAUACAAAAGCAUUGUCGUCAGCACAGAGGGCGUCUUUGGUUGAACAAUCAAGGCAAAAGCCUCAGGAAAAGUCAAGAAUUGUGACUGAUGCUGUCAGAAACUAUCGCUAUGAUAAUGACCCUUUGCUUGCUGCAUGUGGCAUCUCUAUAGAGAAACAAUUAACUCAAGUCAAUGGCCGUGUCCUUGAGACACCAAAGUUGAAGGUUGGUAAUAAUGAUGAUUGCAUUCCUCGUAAUGGGCGAUGGAACUUCAACAACAAGACACUUGUAAAGCCUGUGAAAAUUGAGCGUUGGAUUGUUGUCAACUUUUCUGCACGCUGUGACACUAGUCAUAUUUCACGAGAGCUUAUCAACAGUGGAAUGAGAAAAGGCAUUCAUAUUGAGCGCCCAUUUACUUUGCUUGAGGAGGAUCAACAAUCUAGAAGAGGCGGCCCUGUUGCAAGAGUUGAAAAAAUGUUUGAACAGAUUAAGGAAAAGCUUCCUGGGCCACCGGAGUUCAUUCUUUGUGUCUUACCAGAGAAGAAAAACUCUAUUAUUUAUGGGCCCUGGAAGAAGAAGUGUCUUAGUGACUUUGGCAUCGUGACACAAUGCAUAUCCCCUUCUAAGAUCAAUGAUCAGUACCUAACCAAUGUACUUCUUAAGAUCAAUUCUAAGCUUGGAGGGAUAAACUCUUUGUUGGCACUUGAGUACUCCUCACAUGUUCCAGUUAUAAAAGAUACUCCCACAAUGAUCUUGGGGAUGGAUGUCUCUCAUGGGUCCCCUGGUCAAGCAGCUGUUCCUUCCAUAGCAGCAGUUGUUGGCUCUCUAAAUUGGCCGCUGAUUUCAAGGUACCGAGCAUCCAUAAGAACACAAUCACCUAAGGUUGAGAUGAUCGAUGGUCUAUACAAGCCAUUGGCAAAUGGAAACGAUGAUGGUAUCAUCAGGGAACUUCUUAUGGACUUCUAUAGAACAAGCAAUCAACGCAAACCAACUCAGAUUAUUGUAUUCAGGGAUGGAGUGAGCGAAUCACAAUUUAAUCAAGUCCUGAAUGUCGAGUUGGAUCAGAUCAUAAAGGCUUACAUGCAUCUAGGGGAGGCUGAUAUUCCCAAGUUUACUGUUAUUAUUGCUCAAAAAAAUCAUCACACAAAGCUAUUUCAAGCAAAGGCCCCCGAUAACAUUCCACCUGGGACCAUUGUGGACACUAAAAUUGUGCAUCCAAGGAAUUAUGAUUUCUACCUUUGCGCUCAUGCGGGGAUGAUUGGAACUUCUAGACCAGCUCACUAUCAUGUCUUGGUUGAUGAGAUUGGUUUCUCACCCGAUGACUUGCAAAACUUUAUCCACUCCCUAUCCUAUGUGUACCAAAGGAGUACAACUGCAAUUUCAAUUGUGGCUCCGAUUUGCUAUGCCCAUCUUGCUGCGCAACAGAUGGGGCAGUUUAUCAAGUUUGAGGAUUUAUCAGAAACCUCUUCAGGACAUGCAAGCAUCACUUCAUCUGGAGCUGUCCCCAUCCCAGAGCUCCCUAGGUUGCAUGAGAGCGUCCGGAGUUCCAUGUUCUUCUGCUGAGUUCUGGCCUUUGUAGAUACUGAUAAUAUUAUGCUGUCGAUAGUUAACAGGUACAACACAAAAGGGGUUUUUUUUUUUUUACCGAACCAUUUCUUGGCAUAUCUGAAGUUUGCUCGAAUACGAAACUUUUAACCAGCAAAUUUCAGUAUGUCAUACUUCUGACCACAUGAGAUAGCAAUGUUUAUUUUAGAUUUUGGAGUUAGUCCUUUCAUCAUAGAUGAUAGCUUUAGGGAAAAGAAAUGGCAGAGGAAGCAUAUCUCAUGGAUUUUUGAACGGCAGUUAUCUAAUGGUAUUUUGAUGAAUGGUAAUAUUUUUGGAUGAAUAUAGAUCUUGCUGAGAUUUCAUUUA